AUGAUAGCUUAAAAGAUUGAAAGACAUUUCUUAAGAAGAGUCCGAGCAUAAAAAUAUUCAAAAAAUAAUAUGAAAUUUAUUGAAUAAGUAUUAUCUUAACUGAUUUGUAUAUAGUCUGAUACAAUUUUUUAAGUAAAUGAAGAGGCUUCUGAGUUAUGUUAAAUCAAUAAAGAAAUUAACAAUAGUGUGGUUAUGAAACAAACUAAACAAAAUGAGACUUAAAUUUCAGAUUCAAAAGACAUAUACUAAAGAAGACAUGAUGUUUAAAAUGAUUCUUAAGUAAUUCAUUUGUGUUUAUCUGAUCUAGACUGUCACACCUUUAGCUGUUCCAGAAGCUUAAGACCUUGAAUAAAUUCCCAGUCUUGAAGAUAAUCUCAUCCCAGUUUAAAAUUCUAAAAAGUAUUGUCUUUCAAAUAAUUUCCUCAGUAAAUAGAAGAUAAUGAAAAGAAAAGUCAUUCACAAAAGAUUUAAGUCUUAUUAAAAAUCAUCCAUUACUAUAGACAGUAAUAAUUCUUUGCCAACUGCUUUGGAUUUAUAAAUAGAAGGGGAAGUAUUAGAACAAAGUGAAAUAGACAAUAAAUAAUUGUUAAAUAAUCAAAAACCAACUCAUUAAACAAUAGAAGUAUCGGAAGAUGGGGAAAUAAUUAAAUAAAUUCGAAUUGAAGAUUUUAAUUAACCAAAAAAUAGAAAAACUUAUUAUACUGAUAAAUUAAUUAACUUGAUAAAAGGAGAUUAAGUUGAUAUAUUUAUGGCAUAAAUGUACAUUAAUCAUUUUAUUUAAACUUAUGGAAUUCUCUAAAAAUCAAAAGUGUUAAAAUAACCACAAGGCUAUUAAAUUUUAAGUAAAAUCAAACCAUAAAUAAGUAUUUAAUUUAUGUAAUAAUUAAGUUCGAUAAAAAACAUUGGUUAUAGAUUUAGAUGAAACAUUAGUGCAUUGUAAUGAAUCAUAUCUAAUGCCCAAAGAUUUAAUGAUAAAUAUUAAUUUAGACAAUGGUUUUAUUGUUAAAGUAACAAAUCCAAAUAUAUUCUAAAUUAGGCUGAAAUUAGUGUUCGACCUUACGCUUAAUAAUUUCUAUAAAAUAUGGCUAAACAUUUUGAGAUUAUGAUAUUCACAGCAUCAAAUGAAGAUUAUGCAAAUUAGAUAAUAGAUUAUUUAGAUCCAACCUAAUAAUUAGUAAAGUAUCGUCUCUAUCGAAAUGAUUGUAUAAAUCUAUCAAAAGGAUGCCAUAUUAAAGAUUUAAGAAAUUUAAAUAGAAAUUUAGAGGAUAUAAUUUUAAUUGAUAACUCUGCUUAUUCAUUUGCAUAUUAAUUGAAUAAUGGAAUACCAAUCAUACCAUAUCUUGAUAACAAAAAAGAUGAUGUAAUAUAAUUAAAUUAUAUUUUAAUAGGAAUUAAUUGAAUUGGAAAAUUACUUAAUGGAAUUACUAAAUGUUGAUGAUAUAAGAAUAGAGAAUGAAAAGAAUUUCUAAUUUUAACAGAUUUAAAAUAGUAGCUCAAUAUAACAAGCAGUUAAUCACUUGAUUUGUAAUAGAAAGUGA